AUGGUGAAGUGCACUCUGAUGUUGAAGGAUGAGACUCUGGUGAGGAUUGUCAUUAAGGUCAAGUUGUGUCGAUUAAUUUUGGAUACGGCCAAGCAGUUGAACGAUGCGAACAGAAGGUACGAUCAUGAGAAGAACAACGAUAAGAAGGAAUUAAAACGGAUGAUAGAAAAGUAA